CUAGCUGCACAUCACCAUGAUCACCUGGCCAGUACUAGUGGCCACCAGGAAAUACUAAAAAGGCUGGGUUUAUGUACUCCUGUGAGCUGCUGCGCCGCAAGCAUUCUUCCGGAUUGUGGUGUGAAAAGCGUAAAGAAAGGAGUUUGGUGGUUACUGUACGAGUCCUUCCUUGGGUAUUUUAGAUUCUUUGUUCCUUCUCUUCUUUGGCCAGUAUUUCCCCUUAGUGAUACGCUGCAUGCUGUGCAGAACUAGUUACGCGGAAGCCUAAAGAGUGCUCAGCAGCGGCAGAAUGUCGUCGACGAGAGUUUACAUUGGAAAUAUUAAUUACGACGCUACCGAGAGGGAGGUGGAGAAAUUUUUCAAGGGAUUUGGUCGUAUUCGUGAAAUUACCUUGAAGAAUGGCUUCGGCUUCGCAGAAUUUGAAGACGUACACGAUGCAGAGGACGCAGUGCACGACCUGAAUCAGACAACAUUGAUGGGCCAAACUGUAACUGUCCAAUUCUCUCGUGGUCCCGGGUAUAACCGAGGUGGCGGCGGCGGUGGUGGAGGACGAGGCGGUGGCUUCGGCCAUGGUGGUGGCGGCGGUGGGGGUUACAAUGGCGGCGGCGGUGGUUUCAACCGAGGUGGUGGCUACGGUGGUGGCGGUGGUUACCGUGGUGGUGGCGGUGGUGGUGACUAUGGCUACGGAGGAGGACGUGGUGGACGCGGUGGCUUCUCAGGGCACGGGCCCGGCGGUGGUGUGGCCACUCAAAGAACCGGAUUCCGCGUCGUAGUGGAGAAUCUCUCGUCUCGCAUUAGCUGGCAGGAUUUGAAAGACUUUAUGCGAUCGGUAGGAGAAGUUACAUUUGCUGACGCUCACAAUAAACGCGAUGGAGAAGGACUCGUGGAGUUUGCCACAUAUUCUGACAUGAAAUCAGCUCUCCACAAGCUCGAUAAGACAGAGCUGAGUGGAAAGAAGAUCCGACUGUAUGAGGAAGCAGAUCUCAACAUGACGCGGUCUUCACGAUCGCGAUCACGCUCUCGCUCCAGAUCUAGGUCACCGAGGAGAAGCAGCAGCCACAAGAAGAAGAAGAGAAGACACCACCGAAGCCGCUCACGCUCCGAGUCCAGAAGCAGAAGUAGAAGCGUUAGCCGCAGCCGAAGCAGAAGUUAUAGUCGCAGUCGUAGUCCCUACUCUCGUUCUAGGAGCAGAAGUCGAUAGACUAACUUUCUCGCACUACAAUGCAAUUGCAUGGGGUGUUGCUCAUACAAACAGCCGCUUAUCUUGAUGUUCGAUGUGCUAGGGGUGUGUUGUGCGUUGGCCUUUUGGCUGUGUGCUCGUGUUUGGUGCAUGGGUGCGUGUGUGUGUGAGUGUUUGGUGUGCGUGUCUGUUGUGUGUUUGGUGUAUGUCUGUGGUGUGUUUGCGUGCUGUUUGCUGAGCUGAACUAACAGUGCUUGGAGUAGGACCUGGUUAUGAUUCUUGAGUGUUUGUUUGUGCGGAGGUUAUCCUUUUUGGUGUUGUUAUUAUGCCUUGCCGUCCCAGUCAAGAUUUCCCCUCCCCCCACAUAUUUAUCUAUUGACCACAUUAUUAUAAACCAUACCGGAGUUUUCUGUUUUGUUUUUUGUUUUUUUGCUUCUUCUUUUUUUUCUCCAUUUCUUUUCCUGAACUUGGUUAUCUCAAACCCCUGCUCCAACACAAAAUGUGGUGUAUCCCUGAAUCAGUUUUCAGUACACAGUA